AUGUCUGAGUUUACGCCAACAAACCCAAAGCCAUUCCUUCGUCAGCUGAUAGAUAAACAAGUAGUUGUAACCCUAAAGUUUAACAACACAAAGUAUAAAGGGAAAUUAGUUUCUACAGAUAACUAUUUCAACAUACAACUUACCGAAGCAGAAGAGUUUGUUAACGAGAGCUCAAGAGGUGUUAUUGGUGACAUAUUCAUUAGAUGUAACAAUGUACUGUGGAUAGGCGAAGAUUUAUCAAAUGCAGAACAGGUAGUGUAG